AUCCUUACCUCACUAUUAUCGAAAUUAGUGACUUGAUGCAGCACCCCGUCGUGGCCCGCUGUCUGCUUACUCUCUCGGGUCGAACUGCAUACUUCCUAGUCGUUCUCUUGCACGACAAGAAAAAAGGUGCUAAGCGCUGUCGACCCCCUUUGGGGAACUGUGGUCAUCGCUUAGGCUUUACUUCCAGAAGGCCUCUGAAAAUGCUUAUCGAUUGAACGUCAUGGCCAUAUGAGGCUUUGAUUUCAAAAUGUCACGCUUACUGCCUUCAAACUCGGCUUCGAGCUCGGGAUUGGGUCCAAGGUCUACAGGGCAAGGCGAAAAGCCAUUAAAGAAGCAAGGAGCUGCGCCGUUGCAUUUUCCUCCGCUAUCGCCAGCGAGGGCAACAGCUGCUCAGACGUGUUUGUCUAGCCCUCACAUCAACGAAACCCUGGAGGCGCAUGUUACAUCUCCUGCGGCCCGAGAAGGACUAGCACAGUCUACCCUCUCAAAGUUCCGCGAACGCAAGCAGUCCGAUGCACGCUCAGACAUUUCUUCUAUAGCGUCUAGCGAUAGCUUGCCUGGGGAUCACAGUCUCCGAACACAACGUCAUACAAGGGGCAGCAACCGUCCACCAUCCUUGAUCCUGGCAUCUGCCUCAUCGCAUUCCACUCCUACCGUCCAGUCAACACCCAUCGAGCCUUUAUCGAAAGAAUGGUCGACCGCGAUUCCAAGAUGCACACGGCCUGCUUCGGCAUUGGCAGAAACGCCCCAGCCCAAUGGCACUUCAGAAACGGGAUCGCCAGCCGGAAAGCUUGCCGAAGUGCCUGUUCGUAACAUCGUGAGCCUGGAACCUGGACGCGCCAGAGUGCAGGUCACAAUCGCCAAUACAUCAGCUCAUGCCGAUGCAAAGUUGCAGAAGGCAGCGCCAGCCAUGCCUGAUGAUGCACACUUGGCCCUUCUGUCUCUGAUGAAGCGCAGCGUGGAGUAUAAAGGGCAGUCGCGAGGCACCCCAAAAGAUAAAUCGAUGAAGAAGGUCCAGAAUCAGGACGAGAAUCCUCGUGGAGCAAACCGCGAGCGACAUGGCCAAAGUGGGGCACUUGGACUUCAACCGCCCCACCAAGUAGCCGCUGCAGCUCGCAGAGAUGACGCAUUACUUGAGCAGGAAUUGCUCAGAAGUGCUGGAAUUGCAGGGCAAGACACAUCGAAGCCAAGCAUCAAGUUUGCCGGACGCACCAGUACACCUGAAACUCCAAAAGAGACUCGGCAGCAGCCCGAGGUUCUGCACACAGCUCUACCACAACUUGGGCUUCGUCAAAGACGCAUGGAUCCCCACCAUACAAAUGCAGUGGCUCAGCCACAGCACCCACACAGAAAGAGGGUCAUGGAGCAGCUGGAAAGUAGCAACUAUACUAUGAAGAGUGCAGAAGGUGAAUCUACAGAGUCACUACGGAAAAAGAGGGCUGCAAUGAUGAGGCCAUACAGUCGGCGCUCCUCUGAAGUAACGGCGCUGGCGCGCAGCAGCAUGGGGCUGCCACAGCGUUCGCCUGGCGGGGUCUUGGACAAGGCUAGGCGAAUCGUGCCUUCACGUCUCGCAGCAGCUGUGUCUCUACAGGUGGUUUACAACGGCAAUCUCCUGCAUCCCCCAUAUGAUGUCGCUCAACGUCAGGGCUCUUCACUGAGUCAAGGAUGGUCGACAAGCUUGUUGUGCGCUCCACUACGUACCCUGCGUGGAGCUCUUUCUUCGGCAUUUGUCCUCCACGGCUUUGACGGAAGUGUCCCCAUCCCCGACGCGGCUUGUUGGCUUGUGGAGAGAGGUGUAGCCAUUGCUGGAGUAGCACAAAGUUGGAUAGGAGUCAUUGCCGAAUCAUUUGAUUGAGCAACUCCCCUUGUAGCAUGGACGUGUCUUUGUAGCCUAAGUCCUGUUCCAACUGUUGCGUCCCGUGUGUAUGAGGAUGACACGAACCCGACGCGAGGC